AUGUCCGGGACCACGACCUCCACCACUUCCUCCGCGUCGGCUACCUCUAGCUGCCAUGCCAAGCUGUACGAUAUCCCUACCCACGAUGCCGCAUGCGCGAUGCCUAUGCAAAACAACAACUCCGCUAUCAUGAGCAGCUGCUGCUCCGAGGCAUCUGUUGUUCAGUAUGAUUCCUGCGACUACUACUGCCUUGCCCAGGGACAGAAUGUUGGCACCCUUGCGGAGUGCCUGAUCAAAGCCUCCGAGCCCGGUGAGGUUUGGUGCAACAACGGUGCCAAUGCCACAGCUACAGCGACAGCUACGGCUACUGGUACUGGAGUCGUGACCCUGGGUGCCACAGAAUCCGGUGCGGAUAGUACCGGCUCAAGUACUUCGAGUGGCUCUACUGCAACUUCCACUGCUAAUGUGGCUGCUGGUAUUGUUGCACCUGUCCCAUUGUCCAAGUCCGCUAUUGGCAUCGUUGGUAUGCUGUUGGCUGGGUCCGCAGCAGGCCUUUUCCUUUAA